CAACAAACCGCAAGAGGAAGUGGAGGCUUUUAUUACCUUUUUGCUGAAGAGUUCCACUGAAGUGAAACUGGAGAUGUUGAAAUGAAUUCAUCAAUUUCAUGAAUGAUGGAUUCACUAGGAAAAGUACAGAGAUGCCCUGGCCUCUACUGUGGGAGAAUUCCUUUGGGCAAUGGUAAUCACAGUGAAUGUGGGGCAUGCCCCAGAGGCUACCAGCCCAAUGAGCAGAGUAUUUGUUUGGCCUGUGACUCGGAGCCUCUGUUUUACGACUGGAUGUACCUGACGUUUAUGGCCCUUCUGUCUCUUGUUUUACACUGGUUUUUCAUUGAUUAUACCAAUAGAAAGAACACUACAAAGUCCCUGAUACCCCUCCAUGUUUCUGCUUUAUUGGAGAGUGUGAUGGCGGCUAUUUUGACCUUGCUGCUUGUGGAGCCGUAUGGGUCCCUGAGGGUGAGGUCCUGUCCAGUUAACAAACUCUCCGACUGGUACUCCAUGCUGCUCAAUCCACAGCCCAACUACUCCCAAACACUGUACUGUACACAGGAGAUUGUGUACCCACUGUAUACAAUAGUCAUGAUAUACUAUGCCUUCUCACUACUUCUGAUGAUGCUGGUUCGACCGAUUUUGUCGUACAAGUUUACUGGCAAGCGAGGGACCAAGUCAAUCUACGCAGCCCUUUACUUUCACCCAAUUCUGAUUGUCUUGCAAGCAGUGCUAAGCGGGCUUCUUUACUAUUUUUUCUCGUACCUAGUGAUUGCUGUUUCCUUGAUCACAGGUGUCAUUCAUUUAUCGGGAUGUGAUCUGACAUCCUACUCUUCCGUAACCAAACACAUCGUUCUGGAUGGCAGGAAUUUGACAAUUCUGGUGGGACACUGGUUCCUUCAUGCGUUUGGCAUCAUCUCCCUGACUCAGCUGACAAACCUUGCGAUCCACCUCCCUAUUCUAGCCUUGGUUCCCUUCCCCACUCUCUUCUUCAUACUUACCAUCCAGUUUUCACAUCCAUCUCAUCUGGAGGAGGUCCGCUGAGCUCCAGAAGACAGAAAAUAUCAGAAAGAGUCAAGAAGGAAAUUCUGAGUGUGAGAGAUUUAAAUCAUUUCACGUGCGAUAUGAUUCAUCAUUAGAAAUUACAGUCAAACCUCGUUAUCUUCAACUCCAUAGAGCCGAUAAAAAACUUUUGAGAUAUCUGAGGUUUCAGGACAUUGAGGUUAAAAUACAUAAAGAAAAUUUGACUUCCAACUCACUGUGACAUAUCCACCAUGGUAUUCAAGAUACCGAUGUUCAACUGUAUUGUACAGUUCUUGCAGCCCUAGAUCGGUUUGACUGAGGCAGUGUACAUCGAUGUGAAAACCUCUCAACUCAAUGUGUGUUGCACUCACAAAGGUUAUUGUUAAAUACUUGUACAGUGGAAACCAGCUUUCAUUUGUGAAUGAAAUUCAAGAGCACCUCUUUCACACAGAUAUUUGUUGCCGUGAACCAGUCUGUUUAUACAUUAGAGGUGUAUAUUGAUGUGCUUGAGAAUAUUACUCUUCUGAAAUGCAUUUCUUAUCGGCAAUUCAUUUUAAAGAUUUAUUCAAUAAAAGAUCAUGAAUUGACAAUGAACGAUCAUUAUUGAUCAAGUCUAAGUGACUAAGCAGAUACUAGUUAUGCAGGCUAAAUUUGUACACAUACUUUUGUGUCUAAGGUGGCUCAUUAUAACAUUUUAUUUAAAUGGGUUGUUAAAGCAAUUUAUAUGAAGCAUGAUUUCACCAUCGAAAGAGUGAUACAAGGUCUCAUUAUUUCAUUUGAAUUUUUUGUAAAAAAAAAAAAACAAAAAAAACCCAUAAUGACGAAAAGGUGUUUUGUUUGCAAAUGAUAGAUUCUAAAAUUCAAACUUCGCUUUGAUUUGAUGCAUGGUAUGAAUAUUUAAAUAAAACCUACCAAGAAGACUCAUGUAGAUGUUUUAAUAUUUUAAAUAAAAAAAUAUUUAUGAAAAUCAUAA